AUGCUUCGAAUCCAGCGUGCCGGGCGUCUGUCCUCGAGGGCUCUGCUCCCUCUGCUCCCACAAACGGCACAGCGCAGCGCCUCGUCCUCGUCGAAGAAGCCCGAAAGCGAGCUCAACAGCGUGUCGAGACAUGUCACCCAGCCUAUCUCGCAGGGCGCCUCGCAGGCCAUGCUCUAUGCCACCGGCCUGUCGACAGAGGACAUGUCCAAGGCGCAGGUUGGCAUCUCCAGCGUCUGGUACAACGGCAACCCAUGCAACAUGCAUCUGCUCGACCUAAGCAACAGGUUCAAUACCAUUGGAGUCAGCGAUGGCAUCAGCAUGGGCACCAAGGGGAUGCGCUACAGCCUGCAGAGCCGAGACCUGAUCGCGGACUCGAUCGAGACGGUCAUGGGCGGUCAGUGGUACGAUGCUAACAUCAGCAUUCCGGGCUGCGACAAGAACAUGCCUGGCGUCGUCAUGGCAAUGGGCAGAGUCAACCGGCCGAGUCUGAUGGUCUACGGAGGCACCAUACGUCCUGGCUGCGCAGCUACUCAGGGCAACGCAGAUAUCGAUAUCGUCUCGGCGUUCCAGGCGUACGGCCAGUUUCUGACGGGCGAGAUCAGCGAGGAACAGCGCUUCGAUAUCAUCCGGCAUGCUUGUCCUGGUGGCGGUGCCUGUGGUGGAAUGUACACGGCCAACACCAUGGCUUCGGCCAUCGAAGUGAUGGGCAUGACCCUGCCGGGCUCUUCGUCGAACCCGGCCGAGUCAAAGGCUAAGUUCAUCGAGUGUGAAGCGGCCGGAGGCGCUAUCAAGAACCUUCUGGCUGAAGAUAUCCGGCCGUCCGAUAUCCUCACUCGCCAGGCCUUUGAGAACGCCAUGGUCUUGGUGACGGUGACUGGAGGCUCGACCAACGCAGUUCUGCAUCUUAUCGCCAUUGCAGACUCUGUAGGAAUCAAGCUAACCAUAGACGACUUCCAAGCCGUCAGUGACCGGGUCCCUUUCCUCGCGGACCUGAAGCCGUCUGGCAAAUAUGUCAUGGCUGAUCUACACAAUAUCGGUGGAACCCCGUCCUUGAUCAAAUUCCUGCUCAAGGAGGGCCUCAUCGACGGCUCAGGCAUCACGGUGACGGGUCAGACGCUGGCCAAGAACGUUGAGAAGUUCCCUGACUUCCCGUCUGACCAGAAGAUCAUCAGGCCGCUCUCUGAUCCCAUCAAGCCAACGGGUCAUCUACAGAUCUUGCGUGGUAGUCUUGCGCCUGGAGGCAGUGUUGGCAAGAUCACCGGCAAGGAGGGCACACGGUUCGUCGGUAAGGCCAGAGUGUUUGACCAUGAAGACGACUUUAUUGCUGCAUUGGAGAACAAGGAGAUCAAGAAGGACGAGAAGACUGUCGUUGUUAUUCGAUAUACUGGUCCCAAGGGCGGUCCAGGCAUGCCAGAAAUGUUAAAACCAUCAUCUGCCCUAAUGGGUGCAGGAUUGGGCCACUCCGUUGCCCUAAUAACUGACGGCCGUUUCAGCGGUGGCUCCCACGGCUUUUUGAUUGGCCAUAUCGUCCCCGAGGCCGCCGUGGGUGGCCCCAUUGGACUCGUUGAGGACGGUGAUCAGAUCACGAUCGACGCUGAGAAUAGGCUUCUUGACCUUGAUGUUGCCGAGGACGUGCUUGCACAGCGUAGGGAGAAGUGGUUGGCUCGAGAGCAGGCUGGUCAAGGCCGGCCUACCGGACUGACUAUGAGAGGCACACUGGGGAACUAUAUACGCGAAAUUUGGUUUAAGAAGGGUGUGAAAAAAAAAGCCGCUCUUGCACCAGGCAUAGGAGGGUUGAAAGAAGAAAAGCAAGAGGUAAAAAAGAAGAAGAAGAAGAAAGAAAGAAAGAAAGAAAGAAAAAGAAAAAAGAAAGAGAAAGAAAGAAACGAAUGUGAGGGUAUCGAAUACAACAGAAAAAAUAAGAAAAAAGAAGAAAAAGUCCUUUGUCCUUUGAUCCAGAUUGUUCAUCAACCAGCCAACCAGUAA